AUGUGCCAUGACAAAACUCCUAAAGAGAAAGAGCAUAUUAACAGUAACUUGAAAUUUGUGUUUCCCAAGAAACGAAAUAGACGGGCCUGCGAUAUGUGUAGAAAGCGAAAACAUUGUUGUGAAAGGAUUGAUGGCUUGAAUUGCAAACUCUGUUUGAAAUUAAACAAAAAUUGCACGUAUAAAGGAAAGACAAAUGAUAGAAUUUUAUAUAAUAAGCACACUGCUGGAAACCUUCUUGAGGAGAGUACAACUAAAAAGAAUGGGUAUGACAUAGAACAAAGCUUAUCAAAAUGCUCAUCGUUAAGAAAGAGAACAAGUCAAGGCAGCCCAUCGCAUUAUGGUGCUACUUUUGAAGAACACACGCCAGACCAUCAUUCAUGCUCUCAUGAUUCAAAGGUUCCCAAAAUAACAAAAGAGAAUUUAUCAUUAGCUUUGAAGGAUGUUUCGGUUGAGCUAAUGACCACCUCGCUUAUGAAUGGCAACACUUUUGCUACCAACGAAGCUUUUUCUCAUGUUCAUACAGAAGAUGAAGUGGUUUCAUCUGAUAGUUUCAAAUCCUUUGACUCGAUAGAGGAGAGUAAAAAUUAUAUUACAGACAUUACGAGAAGCUAUGGAGAAAGGCUCUUAAGAUUGUAUUUCGUCUAUAUCAAUCCCUUUCUCCCAGUCAUAUCUAGAAAGCAAUUUCACUUUAUGAUGAAAAAUGAUGCGCAGGAAAUACUGAAUCAUUUUAGUCCUACAUUGCUAGCUGCAAUUCUCAUAAGAUCUUUGGAAUACUGGGAUAGAGACAAUGAACUAGUUCUUCAUUCUCGCCCCUCUGCUUCUAAAUUGUGUCUGGCAUGCUUUAAUCUCAUUACUUAUGACUUCUCACGAGUCUCUGGAGAUGAAAAUGAUAAGAUAUGUCUUUUGCAAAGCUGCUUAUUACAUAUGCCCUACAUUAUCUCAACGAUUCAUUCGUUGGAAGACUUGUCUAGGAUUAAUGCAGCAUCUAAAUUAUUGAGUAUUUCGACUUUUUUGAUUAAUAGUCUAAACUUAAGUGUCACCAGUUUUAAAUCUGACCUAAAUAUGGGAUUCAGAAAGCAGUCUGACUGUAUUGUGAGAAACAAUUUGUGGUGGUCCUAUUACAUAGAAGAAAAAUGGUUCUCAUUACUUACAAUUAAGCCAAGUGCUAUUAAUGAAGGAAAUUUCGAGUUCGUGGAGGAAUUUUUGCUGUGGCCAAAUCUUUCCUACCUAGUCACGAAAACGUUAGAUGCCAACGAGGCCGAGUCACAACAGAAGUUGACAAAGUGUGAGGAAAUGAUUGAAGAUAUUAAUUAUAUAUGUUGGUCCUAUUUCUAUGAAGUUUUGAAGAUUACGAUAAUUUGUUCCGAGAUAAAUCAAUUUUGGUAUUCGAUAGCUGAUUUUAAUGAAGCUAAAAGGUUCGAGGACUUGGAAAAGAUAUAUUGGAAAACUAAUGAUAUCAAAGAUAAGGUGGAAAAUUGGUGGAGAAAUAUACCGGCAGUGUUCAAGUCAAGCACCGAAAAGCAUACUUCUUUUGUAAACGCAAACGCAAAUUUGAGACUAUUUCAUGCUAUUGCAAGGAUUUGUAUCUUCAAAAUUUUGGUCAAAAAAUUUACCUUGUAUUCUUCUUUUUUGGAAUCAAACGACUUUGGAGACUUAGCAAUUAACAUGUCGGAUGACUUUCGAAAGCUAUUUUUGCAAAUCAAAUUAGAAAUACUAAAUUUCUAUGUUGAUUAUGUAGAAGCCAUAAAAAAAAUGAAAGUCAAUGAUUUGAGUGGAUUUUGGUAUCCUUUUGCAAAUUAUCAGUUUUCAUUUAUUCUGAUAUUUCUGAGUUUAUUAAUUAUUACCUUCCAGAACGAUAGAUUAGCAAACGAUUCUCCUGAGAACAUAGUGCUUUUUGAGAGGUUGAACGGUGCGAUACUUGAUUAUAAAAGCGUACUAGAAAAUCGAUCGGAGAAGUGGAAGAUAAUGAGACUUCCCAUAGUCUUACUCAAGAACCUUUUGAAUUUAGAGUUGAAGAAUGGAGAUAAAUUUAUUGAAUACUAUAGAUACUCGGGUAUUAUUUCGGGGCAUGCAGUUGGACAUUUAUUCUAUCCUCAUAUAGAAAGACGUAUUAUCGAUGAUCAUGAGAACAAAAACCUCAACUCAACUUUGAAGAGGGCAGCACACCUAUCCUUAGAUAACGAAAAUAUCCUUCAUGAUAUUAGCCAUACUGCGAAUAAUCUUUUAAAUGAUUUACUGUGUACAUGA